AUGGCGGACAAGGCAGUAACGAUUUGCACAAGGAAGAAGCAAUUCACAAUUGAUGGUCUUCAUCCUGGAAGACCCAAUGUUUCCGAGGCAGAGCUGAAGGAGAAGCUAGCAAGCCUGUGUGAGGUGAAAGAUCCCAAUACCAUUUUCGUGUUUAAGUUCAGGACUCACUAUGGAGGUGGGAAAUCCACUGGCUUUGGGUUGGUUUAUGAAUCAGUUGAGAAUGCAAAGAAGUACGAGCCCAAGUACAGACUUAUCAGGAAUGGAGUUGAUACUAAAGUAGAGAAGUCAAGGAAGCAAUUGAAAGAGAGAAAGAACAGGGCCAAGAAGAUUCGCAGAGUAAAGAAGACAAAGGCUGGUGAGGCUGCCAAGGGAGGAAAGAAAAGGUGAUUUUUCAGGAUUUUAUUAUCUACAUAUUGCCCAU